AUGGCGUCGGCGCCCUCACCCUCGGGCCCCCUCACCAAGGUCCUGCUGGUCGGCGCAAACGGUACCGUUGGCAGCGUUAUUCUCGAGGGCCUCGUCCAAGCCCGAUGCUUCGACGUCUCCGUGCUGCGACGCUCCACCUCUACCUCGCCUCCAACGGACGCCGCCGUGCGGACCGUCUCCGUCUCGCCGGAUCUGCCGCUCGAUGAGCUCACGGCCGCCUGCGAGGGCCAGGAUGCUGUCGUCGCCGCGUUCCCCCUCAAAGAUGUCUCGCAGCACUUGCGCCUCGUCGAGGCCGCAUUCCGCGCUGGCGUGCGACGCUUUAUUCCUGCCGACUACGGCAGCUGCGAUGCCGCGAGCCCCCAGCCUCAGCAUCAUUUGAAGCUGUAUCGCGACAAGACGCUCGUCCGCGACAAGUGCGAGACGCUCGGCGAGCACGCCGCCCGCGACGGCAAGCCCUUUACCUGGACGAGCAUCAUCUGCGGCCACUUUUUCGACUACGGGCUCGAGGGCGGCCUGCUGCACUUUAACCUGGAUACCCACAAGGCCCAGAUCCUAGACGGCGGAGACAUCAAGGCCUCGGCGUCGACGCUGCGCCGCGUCGCGGAGAGCGUGGUUGCUGUUUUGCAGCGACUUGACGUCACGCGCAACCGCGCCGUCUACGUACAGAGUUUCUGCCCGACGCAGCUUGAGGUGCUGGCGGCCCUGGAGCGAGCCACGGGCACGGCCUGGCACACCCAACACCUCGACUCCAACGCCUACCUCGAGCGCCAGAGCAAGCUGCUUGCCGAGGGCGACCACGAGGCCACCGAGGAGAUUGUCUUUGUGCUGGGAACAGUCGAUGCGGACUGGACAACGCGCGAUGGGUUUGCCAUGGAGCUGCUGGGGUUGCAGGACGAGAAGCUCGACGAUGUGGUAGCCGCCGUAGUGGCCAAGCACAAGGCCAAAUAA